AUGAAUAAAAAUAAAUGUUUGCAAUGUUCAGAGGCGAAAGGUCAGGGGAAGGCUGUUAAAUGUUCUCAGUGUGAGUUCUUUGCGCAUGCGAACUGUGUUUCAAUCCCUGAAGAGGUUUGCAACCUCUUGGAUUCCAGCACCAACCUCAGAUGGUUCUGUGAUAGAUGCUCAAGUCUAGGACCUAACAUUAAAAAGUUGACCAGCUCUGUAGAUUCUCUCAGAAAAGAUGUUUUCAACAAACUCAGCACAUUGAACGAUUUGAAUGCAAAUAUAAAGUCAGAGCUCGAGAAUAUCAACGCAGUAAUAGAAAGUAACAAAGAAAAGUUAAAUAAACUUGAGAACUCUGAUGUUUUUCGUGGUGAAUUGAACACCUUGAAGAAUGAUAUGAAAGUAUCAUUUGCAGAUAUCGUCAGUCGCGAGAUUAAAGGACACACUGAUGAUAUAAAGGCUGAAGUAAAAACAGUCCAGGCGACAAUAAAUGAUGCUAAACAAAUCAAAGAAAGAGAAAAUAAUCUAAUUAUGUUUCAUUUGCCCGAGAGUGGCAGUGAUCGGGUGGACGUCAUGAAAAUUCUGAAACACCUGUCUAAUAAUGUUGUUGAUGCUAACCCAGUUCAUCUAACUAGACUCGGAAAAAAAUCAGACGAUCAUACUCGACCGCUGCUUUUGAAAAUGGAUAGUGUUGACAUAAAAAACAUGAUAAUUAAAAACGUCUCUAAAUUAAAAUCGCUUGACGUCAGCCUGGGUCGCAUCGGACUCAGUCACGAUCUCUCUCCAGAGCAGAGAAAGGAACUAAGGUCAAAGAUAGAGGAGGCAAGGGCAUUGGAAGCUUCUGACAAGGGUUUUUUAUACCGUGUAAGAGGUCAGAGUAUUGGUAGUAGUAGUUUUGUUGGUAAUGCUUGUGGGUAUGAUGAUGGCCGUGGUGAUGAUAUUAGAAAAUAUUCGAUAUCAAAUUGUAAUGUUAAUAAUUUUAAAAAUUAUGGUCAUAUUAGUGCAAGUGAUAGAGUUAGUGGUAAAGAUGGUGGUGGCAGUUUUAACAUAAAAGAUGUUAGUUUUAGUUUGAAUAAUAAUAGUAAUGUUGUUGGUGGUGAAGAUUUUGGUGUUCUCAGUCUGACGCUUGGGGUUAUUGGUAACGAUUAUUUGGAUUCAUCUCUCGACGGUAAUAAAUGUUUAAUGAUGAAAGGCACUGGCAAUGACUUAAAUGGUAAUGUUAAUUUUGGUUGUUGUAAUGAUGGUCAUGGUCUUGAUGGUGGUGGUUAUUCGAUGGUCUGUGGUACUGGAAGCGAUCUGAACGUUAUUGGAAAAAAUGGUUGUGGUAAAGAUGAUGGUAGUGAUUGCGUAAUAACAAAUGGUGCCGGUAAUGAUUGUAAUGAAAGUGGUGGUUUUAAUGAUUUUAAAAAAGUAGGUAAUAACAAUGUAAUGAAAGGUGGUGCUGUUGGUAGAAAUAUUGGUGGAAUCAAAAAUGAUCGGACUAAUAACUUUUGUGUGGUUAAAAUAAAAUUGGGUUUACUAAAUAUAAGAUCGAUUGGCUCAAAGUACAACAUCAUUUAUGAUUUGAUCAGUGAUGGUUUGAAUAUUUUUGUUGUUACUGAAUCAUGGCAUGGUUCAUCAGAAAAUCCCUCCAUUGCGUUAUCUGCUCCUCCCGGUUACCGCUCUGUAGAUUGUGUAAGAGAUCACGACCCUCUUCAUGGUGGAUUGAUAAUAUUUUUUCGUCUAUGUUUGAAAUGUAAAAAAAUAGCCUUACCUACAGUUACCACAUUUGAAGUUUUGGCGGUCAGGUUCACAGUUAAUAGUCAGGAGUUUAUUUUGCUCGCUAUUUACAGACCGGGUUCUGCACAGCUGUCUGGAUUAUUUUUUAGAGAACUGAUUUCUAUUCUGGAAAACAUUACAGUACUCAGUUCUCGAAUUGUUUUAACCGGGGACUUCAAUGUGCACGUUGAAAAGACGAAUGAUCCUCAUGCUGCUAAUUUAAAUGAAAUCUUCGAUAAUUUUCAACUCAUCAAUCGUGUAAAAGCACCAACACAUUUACGUGGUGGUACACUAGACUUGAUAGUAACCUCCGAGGAUUUUCCAGUUCAUGAUUGUUUAGUCCAUCCAACUUAUUCAAGGAAAUACGAAUACAUAUAUAGCAGAGAUGAGAGAGAUAGAGCCAGCAAUCAUAUGCAGGACAAUAAGUCACAUGACUUAUGCCCACUUCCGGCGAUAAAGUCACGUGACUUAUAUCUACACUUCCGGUUGCAGAGACAUUUCCGGCGGCUUCAUUAG